AUACACUUAGUAAAUGUCAAAGUCAAGAGUAGCCGAUUUGUUGUAAAGAGAAUUUUUAGUUUUUAGGAUGGAAUAAUAAUUUAAAGUCUUAACUGUUUUAAUGAACAGCAUUAUUGUUUAUAUUAACUAGUAAGAUGGCAAAUUCAGUGAACAUAUCGAUAGAGGCACCUAUAGAGAACCAAAUACAGGAGAUUACUUAUGAUGGGCAAGAGAUUUAUCAAGCACCUUUAUCGAUGUCAGAAAAUCUGGCAAGACUAGCACAGAAGAUAGAUUUUUCAAAAACAGAAGAUGAGUUCUGUAACAUCAAGAAAGAAGGUGAAAGCAGUUCUGAUACUAAAUCAGAUGAAGACAACAAAGACCAGAGCUACCAGUCCAGCUUAUGGCCCUGGGACUCUGUUAGGAAUAAGUUACGGAGUGCCUUGACUGAAGUUAGCGUUUUGGCGGAUGUACUGAAUAUUGCUAAGGAGAAGAGGUAUAUGGUGCUUGACCCAGUCCAACCUGAAAAAGUUGAAAGUCGACCCAUGGUUCAAGUCUACGGACGGAAGAAGGCACUGAGCGCCGCCGCUGCCGUCCUUCAAGCCGGCAUGGAACGUCUCCGGGCCAGCGAGACCAUGAGGAUGGCGCGGAACAUGCCAGAUUUUCACAUAGACUUGCUUAGGUUACGUCAAAAUUGGAGGCUGAAGAAAGUUUCUAAUACAAUCAUUGGUGAUUUGAGCUACAGAACUGCUGGUUCUAAGUUCAGUCAGACGGGUGUGUUUGAGGUAACAAAAGCGCCCGAGGAGCAGAUAGCUCAAGCGAUGAGCAUGAACACAGGAGGUCCCCCGCCCUCCGCCCUGCGCGUCACCGUCCCGCCAGAACUGCAGGGCGUCGCCUUCAUAUCCGUCCUUUGUCAGAAAGAACAGGAAGAAGUAGUGACUGCAACGUUGAGUGCUUCUGCGUUGAGCUGCACCGCAGGCGAGGGCGAGCUGCACUGGCAGCAGCGGCUGGAAGCGGCGCAGAACGUGCUGUUCUGCAAGGAGCUGUUUGCCAGACUGGCAGCCGAAGCCGUGCAGCUGGACGCCUCCAUACCGCAUAUGGUUGUCGGGAAUCAGAUCAUGGCCACAGUGCUGCCCGGCAUCCAGUUGCUGAUAGGACUCUGUCACAACAACGGACAGACCAACGCUAACGCGAAUGUUGAGGGGGUUAAGACGGAGGGGUCCUCGUCGUCCGGCAAGUCUGACCACGACCACGUGCUGGAGCACUCGCUGCACCAGCUGCUGCGCGCCGUGCACCACGCCAACACGCACCACCCCUUCCCGCACCCCGCCACCGGACCCCUGGGGCCCUCCAAGCGACGCUGCCUCGCCGGUCCCAUGGCGGCCGACCGCUACGAGCUCCUGGACAUGAGCAAGGAGCAGUCCCUGCUGGAGCAGAUCAUACAGCAGGCCCAGCACUUCUUCAUGAGGAGGAGAAGCGAAUACGUGCUCGACACUAUCGCUAAAGAGGUGAAGGAUCCGUUGAUAGUGUCGCACUGGAACGCGCUCAACAGUCCCACGCAGUCCUGCGUCAAGAUAAACAUCAUGGCACACGGGUACGACGCGGUGUGCCGGACGUCGCUGGUGGUCCACGUCGGGGAGAAGACCUUGAAGUGCAUCUGCAGGGACGGGAAGGUGCGGCACCUGUCCUACGAGCUGCAGGAGCUCAGGGACCUCAUCUACUGUCAGAUAUACCAGCACCAGAUGACGGCGGUGCAGGCGGUGGGGCGCUGCAUGGGCUGGCAACUCCUGGCCAGCAGCGCGCACCUGGGCUCGGGGCCCGUGGAGCCGCUUGGGAACGCAUCCUCCUGCCUACUCGCCUCGCCAAACGGAGACAGAAUGAUAGCAAUAAGAUGCGAGCCUUCUGUGGGAAUUCAAGUGUUUAUUGCUCAAUCACCAAGAAAAGACUUUUUCUCGAGUGAACUAGUGCAAGACAAGAAGUGGGAGAAUCUUGGAGGUGCCUUUAAAGAAAUAAAAUUAGACAAAAUGGAGGGAAAGAACUUUUUAAACAAAAUGGAGUUGCUUAUGGCCUGUUUGAGCAGUCCUUCGUAAAUUCUAAAUUCAAAUUCGUUAUUGUGAAUAAAGUUGUUGUCAAUAAGAAAUUAUGAAAAUAUUUAAAAAUCUUUUAUUUAAUGUAAAGUUAGGUUAGAUUAAGUAAUUGGUUAGAGUAUUAUCAUGGAAACAGAAUAAAUAUUGAAUCUAAAUAACUUUAAUGUAAAACCAAUUUAAAAUUUUGUAAAAUCUUCCCUUUAAACUUUUGUACUGUGGUAAUAAGCAAUGAUUCUGUUUCAUUGGACCUUAAAUAAAACAUGAGAGAAAUAA